CACAUACACGUAACGCACGUCUCGCCUUCGCGACCAAACCCCCUCCUCUCAACCCCAUAUUGGAGCCUGUGUGUCGUCGCUGUAUCUCGCGACCGAAUCAAGAGGGUUUCAACGACAGUUUGGCAGUUCUCGCGCCACUCGGUCAACACAAUCAAUCGUCCCGGCUGACGACUCUGCGAGCCAUUUAAUCCGACCCCGGUCAAAUCCAACUCUAUAGUCAUUCCUUUUAUUUAACGUACCGUUACGAUGCCUCAGUACACCUCCCGUGAUGUCGGCGACCCGACUCAGAUUAAGAAGACGAAGCAGUCAAUGGCAGACCUCAAGCUUAGGCGCCUAACGGAGCUCAACAACAGACUACGCGAGGAUUUGGACCGGGAACGCAUCCCCGUCAGCACCGCCUCCAAGAGCAUUAUCGCGUACUGCAAUGGUACGAGAGACUAUAUGGUUCCUUCGGUAUGGGGAACCGUACCAAAGGGCGAGGAUCCCUAUGCACCCCAGCAAUCCGGCGGCUGCUGUGUCGUCAUGUAAUUCCGUUUCCCAAGACGUGGAGGAACGACUAUCGAUGAUGAUUUAGUUGGGAGGAACUCUUGGCGCGGGACCUUUUUUUUCC